AUGGUACUAUUGCACUCGUUCUACUCCGCCCAUCUGCUCCUCUUGUUACUCAGCCCGCCGUAUUGCGCAGGGUUCCUAGCUAGCUGGGGCUCCUCCUCGGGCGGCGGGGGUGGCGUCUCCUCCGCCAGUUUCAUCCAGUGCCCCGAAAUACCCCCCGACAUGAUCUUCUGUUCCUCCUCCCUCAGUUACCGCCAUUCGGCGGGUCUGCGGGAAUCCGUGCAGGCAGACAAUGUCUGGAUCGCUCUCCUCACCUCCCAUUGUCACCCCCAGUUGAUGAAGUUUGUCUGCUCCAUAUACAACCCGCUGUGUCUACAAAGCCACCAGAUAAUGCCCAUCCAGCCCUGCAGAGAAUUCUGUGAAGAGGUGCACUCAGAGUGUAUCUCUCGCAUGUCUAUGUUUGGAUUUAAGUGGCCAACGCACGUGAAUUGUGCGCAGUUUCCGCGCGAGGAAGAAAGCAUGUGCAUCAGCUCUAAACGAGAAACAGGUAAGGCAGUGCUUAUAUCUGCUUGGUUUCUUAGCGUGGCUUUUGAUUUACCGAGUUAA